AUGGCAUCUUGGUUCUCUCAACUAUCCAGCACGGUUUCGAACGUCACUGGCUUGGGCGGUACGGUUGAAGAGGUGCGAACUUAUGCUGACACGGUGACCGAUGGUCAAUACUUUAGCCCACUGAGUGAAAACGAUCUCAAGUGGACUUUGGCGGAUGGCUCGUCCACCGAGAACCAGGUCUUCUACGUGACCACCAAGACGGGUGCUUUUGCCUUUGUUCAAUUGAUCCAUUCCAACAUUGGAAUCUGGAACCCUACGAUAUCGUUCACCUGCCGUUUCUUUGACCCCAACAGCAAAACCAAUGCGUUCAAGAACAUCAACCAGACAUACAACUUUAAGCUGUCCGAGGACCGCCGCUCGGUCAAGACGGAUCAUUUCAACAUUACGCUGGAUCCAACACAGACCACAUACAAGGUGGAAAUUACCCAUCCCGAAUUGGUAGUCUCACUCGACUUUACCCGCGUCGAUCGUGGGUUCAAGGUAGGCGAGGGCAAGACCUAUCUUGGCGGCGAUCAAAGCUCGGCAGCCGGCUUCGUGUCACACAAGUUCUGGCCUCGCGCUGUUGCCAAGGGCACCUUUAUUGUCGACAAGGUCUUGCAUGAAGUCGAAGGCGACGGUAUGUUUAUCCAUGCCAUCCAGGGUAUGCAGCCCCAAUUGAUUGCCUCCAACUGGAACUUUUGCGAUUUCCAAUCGGACGAUGCUUCGUUGUCAAUGAUGCAGUUCCAAACCACAAAACAGUACGGCGCUGUUAAUAUCAAUCAAGGCUCGAUCGUUUUGAACGGCAAGCUGGUCUGUGUGUCGGUCGAAAACCAUGUGGAAUUGUUGGAUCUGGUCAAGGAUGAGGAUACGGAGUAUGACAUCCCCAAGAAGAUCAAGUUGACGUGGAAGGGCAAGACGAUCAAGGAGGAAGGCGACGAGUCUCCGGCCAAGGAUGUUUCCGUCACAAUGAUCGUCACGAUCAAGAACUUGGUCGACAAGAUUGAUGUCCUCAACGAAAUUCCAUGGUUCUUGAAGAAGCUUGUCCAGACGUUUGUGGUCAAGCCUUACAUUUACCAAUGGCUUGAUACGGCUACUGCAGAAAUCGUCGUUGGCGACGAAAAGGUCGAGACGGAGGGCAGAUGCUUCCAGGAGCUUGUCUUUGUCUCUCAAUUUUAA